GGUCGAGUCCCAGCACCUGCAAAGUUUGAUAUUUGCCAACAAAAUGUCAGGUUUCUUUCCCAAAGCAUUAAGACAAACUCCUUGGUCCAGGAAGGAAAUGCAGCCCCAUCCUCGCAAUGCCAGUUUGAAAUUGUGUCGUCUUCUCUGGUGCAGACAACACAGGAAGAUAUAAAUGAGUUGAAUUUACCUAAAACUUGUGAAAUAGUUUUCCCAGAUCCUGAUGACCUCCUCAACUUCAAGCUCAUCAUCUGUCCGGAUGAAGGGUUCUAUAAAGGAGGGAAAUUUGUGUUUAGCUUUAAGGUUGGACAAGGGUACCCUCACGACCCUCCGAAGGUGAAAUGUGAAACUAUGGUAUAUCAUCCAAACAUCGAUCUAGAAGGCAAUGUUUGCCUAAACAUCCUCAGAGAGGACUGGAAACCUGUAUUAACAAUAAACUCUAUAAUUUAUGGGCUACAGUACCUUUUUUUGGAACCUAACCCUGAGGACCCCCUGAACAAGGAGGCAGCAGAAGUCCUUCAGAACAACAGACGUCUCUUUGAACAGAAUGUGCAGCGAUCCAUGCGGGGAGGCUACAUUGGCUCCACUUACUUUGAGCGAUGCCUUAAAUAGGGGCUCAGAGAGCACAAACUGAGGCCACAGAGAGAGAGGAAAAAAAAUCUGACAUACUUCGAUAUAUAAAAACAUUACAAAAUACUCGACUGAAAGCAGGAGGGCCAUAGAGAGACUGAGGGGGCAGUUUCCACUUACGCCUCUCAGCAUAUUUGCCACAGGAAGGAAAUCUCCGAAUUGGAAUUUUAAAAAUAAAAAGAGGACUGCUUGAUUGUCGUACUAGCUCUAGAGCAUGCCAGGAAGUUUGAAAUAGUUUUGGUUCUCUCCUUCCCCCUCCCCUGCCCCAACAACCCCCACCCACUCAAUUAAAUUUAUUGUAAGUGUAUUUCACUUGAGGAGUGCUGAAGUCUUUAUGUUAAUAAAAGUUUUUUAAAUGUCUGUGGAAUAUUUUUGCCCCACCCUGCCCCAGCCCCUUCAACCCCCCUCUCCCACCCCCACCCAAGUCCCCUCCCCUCUGCUAUUGAUGAAAGUGCACAGGAUGUGCCAGAGGAGGAGGAAGUUGCCAAUUGGAUCUGAAGUGAGUGAGAGACGUUACUGUAACGCUGCAUCUAAUCUGUUUUGAAUGUUUUGCCUGUUCAUUAAGUUGUAUAGAUUUUUUUAAAUGAAAAGUUCCCUCCCAUUUUGUUUCUGUGGUAGGUUAUUUUCUCACCUGUGUAAUAGAAUGUUAAACAGUGCACUCAAUACAUGAACCCACCGGAGGUUACCUGCUCCCAAUCUUCAUUUCUCGUGGGAGUGUUGCCACUGUAGUACCUCCUAAGACUCGAGCUGUUGCAUCCUUCCAAGCUGCCUGGCUGAAAAUCCAAAUGAUCAUUCUGCUAGCUCCCUACGUGCAGUGCAUGUUUAUGCAACAUAACUGCAGAGCAGGGCUGUCUCUCUGGAAAUGACUGCUUAUAUAUCGCGUAUCCUGGUCAUACCUCAUGCUGGUCAUGAUCCCACUUGUUUCCAUGUCACCAAGUUAUUGUGAUAUUGGUGUACUCAUGUAAUUGUUUAAAGAAAAAGGCUCAUGGUUCAGUUUUAACUUAAGCGAUUUUGCCCGCUCUGUGAUGUUUAAUUUUUACUGACCACGCUUUAUUUCAAAAUAAUAAAAACAAACUCAGUUACAUUAACUAUCCCUUAAAAUGCAACCUGCUCUUGCCUUUUAUUCUGCUUGGUAACAGCUUCACCAUCCCCUAAAUAAAAAACAGUUUCUGUGUCCCCCCCCCCCAACUCCAGAUUUAGCACAGGUCAUAAACAGGAAGAUCCCAUCCAACGUUUGAGUCCGAUGCCUAAGGAUCCAAUCUCUGGUGGAACUACCUGGGGGAAGUUACAAUUAACCUUGAGGUUUUCUUUUUGGCUCAAGUGGGCAAGAGAGGUAUUGGCCUGACUGCAGUCUGGAAGUGGGCUUUAGCAAUGGCAGCAUGGGGCUGAUAAGGAUUGAGUUUGCCUGUUGUCAAAUCUUGCAGAAUGGCAUGCGGAUAAGUACCUGCAGCUCUGUACUCUAAGGGGUAGGUUACAUUGAAAAUUUUGGAGAAAGGAAAUGUUGCUUAUUGGUUCCUGUAGUUUUUACCUUGGGCGUUUUCAACAGUGCCUGAUACUGCUCUUAUAUGAACAGAUUACACCGUAUGAUUGAGAAGGUGGGGAUAUCCUUUAGCAACAAUUAUACCCUGGCAAGUUUGAACGCCCUGGUAUUGUCUUUGUGUGGCAUGCCUUGUGUCAGAAGUUUAUUCUGUCUUCUGUCACUGGUGCUACCUUAGGAAAUCUCUGGGCGCCGACAGGAUCAGAGCAGAGUUUACCCUGUCUCGUUUUUUUUCCCAUUGGUUUGGUACAGACCCAUGCAGUACAGUCACUUCUCUCUUGGCCUGAAGCCAUUUUAUAGUUUGGGUUUAAGAAAAACUUUCAAUUCAGUUCAUCACAAACACUUGUGUUCUUACAAGUGCGAAUACAAAAAACUCAUCCCUGCAAUAUGUUUAGUGAUACAUCUGACCAUCUCAAGGAUAUUGGUGCUCAGAUAUUGCCUGGCUUGUGUGUGGGUGAUCUUAUUCUGUUUGCUGGUAAGGAUCUCAUUUUGACCAACAUAGGUUGCCAAUCUCAACCUGAAGAGUGGAAAUCUUGAAUAUUGUAAAUACUAAGCCUAGCCUUGAUGCAUCAGGAGCAAAGGAUCAAUUCUAUCAUGUCUCCUGACCCGAAGGAACCUGAUCCUUUUACAUAGUUUUCUGAAAACCAUAAUAAAUGCAAACCUUUGAUGAUC